GAUUGCAGCCUUACUGCAAACUCGCCGCAGCUGCGUAAAGAAACAGUUUGUUCCAAUGAAGGCGAAGUGCGUUGGGCGCUGACUCAGUUCCUCCCCUUCGCUUUGCCGAGCGGAUUCGGACGGAGAGCGCGCCCCGGCGCGGACGAUGCCCAGCGCUGUCCUCCGCAACACACUCGGCGUACGACCCGCUUGCCGCCGGCUCCGGAGCUGCGAUAUCGGCGGUAAUGGAUGGCUCCGAACAGCCCAACGCCUUCAGAAGGUCCCGCAGCUUCCACUUAAAAAACUUCAGAACAUUCCUCAACAAAAUGAGCCACCGAGGAGCGAUAGAGCAGGAAGCUAAGGAUGCAUGUGAUUGGCUGCGGGCAGCAGGAUUUCCUCAGUAUGCACAGCUCUACGAAGACUCCCAGUUUCCCAUUGACAUCACAGCGGUCAAGAAGGAUCACAUCUUUCUUGACGAGGAUUCUUUGAAAUCUGUGUGCAGACGGCUGGUAAUUCUGAAUAAAUAUACCUUUAUAAAGUCUGAUACCAACACUACCAGGAAAUUGGGGGAUGAUUCUGAUGAAGAUGCCUGUGCUAUCAGUGACCGUUGGGCAUUUCAGCGAGAGAGCAGGAGAUGGUCUCGCCUGACAGUUGCUGACUUCCGGAUGAGCCGAGCCGAGGUCCUAAGCUCGGUAAUGAAGGAGUCUGCCAGUCGUGAGAGUGUUCUCUCCGAGCUCAGUGAUCGCGAAGCCAGCUCCGCGCGCAGCAACAGCAGUGUUGGGAGCAUCCAGGAAGUGUUGGGGGGUCACUCUUCAAACAGUCAGCUGGCAACGAGUGAAAAUCCUGAGACAGUCUUGUUGGCUCAUUCCCAAGCAGCAGAACAGGCUCACAACUGCACACUCGAUAGCAGUGUUUUCAUGACCACUCCAGACGUUACCGAAAGCCCCAGAAAGCAUCGGACCAAGAGCUUUCUCCGACGAAUUGAAUCCCUUCGGUUUAAAACGCUUCGCAAUAAAUCCAAAGUGGCUUCAAAGAACAAAGAGACAAAAAGUAUCAUAACAGUAUUACAGCAAUACCAUGAUCCAUUAGACUGCUCUAGUCCUCUGAAAACUGGGAGCAAGAGCCCAACGGGCUUGGUGAAUAAUGUAUCUCCAUCUGACAUUCCUUCACUGGCUGAUUGUGGAUGUCUAGAACAUUGUUCAGGUAAAUCUAGGAGGAGCCAUUGUGGACUCUACUUGGAAGACUAUGAAAUGGGCUUUGCAGCUUCUUCCAGUUAUAAUAGAAAUGAUGAUCCAUGUUCUCAACAAGAUUAUGUUGUUCGUGUCCCAGCAAAUCACAAAUUAGGAACCUUUCCCAAAGCUCUCUCCAUUGAAAGCUUGUGUCCUGGUGCUGAUAACCAUUUGGUAAAAUGGAGAUCAGGAAACAGCUCCUUUGGGAUGUCUUUGUGUGGGAGUGCCAACAAUGUUCAACGACUGAGUCUUCAGGGACAAAGAGAUUCUUGCAGCUCCAUGGACAGCAGGCAAAGUUUUUAUGACAAUGUGCCUGAAACCCAUCCAUAUAACAGUGUUGGUGGACAAGAAUACUAUUUUAAACAACUAGAUGAUGUUUUGAAGCAUGUUAAUGGUUUACAGCAGAGAGUAGAUAGUUGGUCAAAAAUGAUAUGCACUGAUUACAACGACACUGAGUCUGACUCUACUGGAGAAACAGUUUUUCCUUUGCCAGGUUUGAACUUUGAAGACCGCUCAAUGUCUGAUGUGGGAACAACUGCAAGUGAUUUUGAUAGCACUGGGAAUUCACUGAAUGAAGUGGAAGAAAUGGAGAUGAGGGAACGGAGAGAUUCUGGAGUAGGGGCUUCAUUAACCAGACCAAGCAGGAAGCUGCGCUGGCACAGUUUCCAGAACUCUCACCGCCCCAGCCUGAAUUCUGCGUCGAUGGAAAUCAACAGACAGUCGGCAGCUCAGCUCAACCUCCUGCAGCGAUUCUCCUUGCUGCGUUUGACUGCCAUCAUGGAGAAAUACAGCGUCCGCAGCAAGCAGGGCUGGAACUGGGGUGUUCCCAAAUUCAUGAAAAGAAGCAAGGAACCAGAUUACCGAGGCAAAAAUGUAUUUGGUGUUCCACCAUUAGUAAAUGUCAAGAGGUCGGGGCAGCCACUACCUCAAAGCAUUCAACAAGCCAUGCGCUACCUGCGUAGUCAGUGCAUGGGCCAGGUUGGUAUCUUCAGGAAGUCAGGGGUGAAAUCGCGAAUCCAGGUCCUCAGACAGAUGAAUGAAAACAAUCCUGACAAUGUCAAUUAUCAGGGUCAAUCAGCAUUUGAUGUAGCAGACUUGUUAAAACAGUAUUUCCGAGAUCUUCCAGAGCCGAUUUUCACCAGCAAGCUGACAGAAACCUUUCUACAGAUCUAUCAAUAUGUGCCAAUGGAUCAACGUCUCCAAGCUGUUCAGGCUGCCAUUUUGCUGAUGCCAGAUCAGAACCGUGAGGUUCUUCAGUCCCUAUUGUACUUCCUAAGUGACAUUGCGUCUGUGCAGCAAAACCAGAUGACUGCUGGAAAUCUGGCUGUGUGCCUUGCACCCUCACUGUUUCACCUUAACGUGUUGAAGAAAGAAACUUCCUCUCCAAGGAUGAUCCGAAAGAGAGUUGUUCUAAGUAAACCCGAUCAGAGGGACCUCAGCGAGAAUCUGGCAGCAACUGAAGGAUUGGGUCACAUGAUCACAGAGUGCAAGAAACUUUUCCAGAUUCCCCAUGAUAUAAUGGUGCAGUCUCGGAACUCCUAUAUUGCAGCUGAUGCUCACCCGUUAUCUACAGAGGGCUUCAGGAGACAUGCUGGAGGCAUUGUCAAGGAUUAUAUGGCCCACAUGGAAGAUACAAUCCAGGCUCUACUAAAAGAGGUGGGAGAUAAGUUUAAAGGCUGGACCAGCACCGUAGGACCUGUGAACACAGAACUUUCUUACAAAAAGGUUGGUGACGGAUAUCCCAUCCGCUUGUGGAAAGUGACAACGGAAGUAGAAGCAGCCCCAAGCUCGGUGUUACACCGUCUGCUCCGGGAGCGACACCUCUGGGAUGAUGAUGUUUUGAUGGGAAAAAUUGUGGAGCAUUUGGACAAAAACACUGAGAUUUACCAUUAUGUCCUGGACAGCAUGGCGCCACAUCCCAGGAGGGACUUUGUUGUUUUGAGGACCUGGCGAGCUGAUUUGCCAAAGGACAUGUGCGUUAUGGUAGCAGUCUCCGUUGUGCAUGACUCAUUGCACUUGGAAGGAGGUGUAAGAGCUGUAGUACUGAACUCUCAGUACCUGGUGGAGCCUUGUGGUUCAGGUAGAUCCCGGCUCACGUACAUCUCCCGAACUGACCUAAGGGGAAGGACUCCUGAAUGGUACAACAAGGUCUCUGGAUACCUUUGUGCUGUAGAGGUUGCUAGGAUACGCGACUCCUUUCGGCCACCAAAUUCAUAAGGAUUAAAGAUCAAAAUCGGACUUGAACUGACACUUCAGACGGAAGAAAGCUGUUUUAUUUGAGUGUGCAUAGUGGCAGCUGUCAUUGAAUAGUGAUUGGUUUUCAACCUAUAGCGACCAGACAAGUUAUAGCACUGGUUCAGAUGAAGGUGGCUCUGCAACCCAUUUCUUACUGUUUAUUUAAGAUGCGGAGUAUCCUGACAUCAACCAUCAUCUUUGAACUUCUCCUUGACUGUUUAGUCAGUAUUGUAUCAACAUAAUAGUUCUUGUGAUGGUGACAUCCCCGGAAGAAGAGAGGGUUUUUCUGUGGAGUAUCUUGGUUUAAUUUUCUUGUCUGUUCGUGUGACCCUGUAACUCCUGGCAUUUCUUGCACCCAUGCAUUUGGAACAAAGAAGUUGAGCAUCAUAAAUUGAGUUCAGAGUUGUUCUAUUAUCCCUCUUGGUUUGGUAUGAAUUGUUGUAAAUCUGAAAACAGUGAUAUUGCUUGCAACAUAUUCAUCUGGUAAAAAGAUGUACAUGAAAGGAUAAGGCUUGAAAUGCAGUUGAGGCUUUAAACAAUGGGGAAAAAAAGGAAAUAUGAGAGUGAUAUAAGAUUUAAUGUUCAGGAUUUUUUUUAUUUACAGUAUAUGUGAGGAGAUGUUGGCUAAGAUAUGUUGUGGGCUAUGGGAGAAGUUGCUAAGCGGAAAUGGAGUAUGUUUAGAGCAUUUGCUGUGAGCAAAUACCAGUUGAAGUGACACAAGCUGUUCACUGUAGUAAAUCUGGAUAUUUAAACUAUUUGAGGUUAUUUUUAACCUCAUGCUUAUAUUUUACUAUUUCUAUAAAGUACUGCACUAAUAUUUUACGUUGGCCUUUCCGGACACAGGCUCCCUUAACAUAGAGUAUCAGGUAUAUAACUUUUUGAUUAUAUCUAAACUGUUAUUUCUAAGCUUUGGGGCAGGCAAUUAAGACUUCAGGUCCUUGUGAUUUUAAACCCAAACACUAAGGGAUGUCUAAUGUCCCCUUCCCUCUUGGAUCUCCACAUAGGCCCUCCACCCUCCAUCCAACUCGCUGGAGAUAAACAGCUUAUCUAAGCCCUUAACUGCCUGAAACUAUGUGACCCCUAGCCUUCCUCAUCCAAUGAAAACAGAAGGAUUUCCUCAACUUUUCCCUGGCACUUAAAAUCCUGUUGCUCCCUCUGCUUUUGGAUGUCUUUCAUAAUGGGAGAGUAUUGCUGGAAGUUUGUUGACAUUCUUUUACAUUUUGCUUGACUUGACUUUUAAAAUUUGCCAAGUUUCUGUUUAUUUUAACUUGCCGUAGGCAGACCAUCCCACCCUGUAUCUUUAAAGGGAAGAAAUAACACAGGCCACGGAGUUGGGUAUUUUGAGUCCCAAUAGCAGAAUUCAGUGGUGUUUUCCUUUUGUUGCUACUUAUCCUAUUCCAGUUAUUUAUUUUGCUGUUUUUUUUUGUUUAAAUGAUUUUAUGACUGGAGGAGAGGAACUUUGUACUGGAUUUCUCAAUCCUGCCAUUCCAAAGAUUCUGUGAAUAUUUUUAGUUGUUUUUGCCACUGGUUAGUUUGGUGUUGUAAAUAAUUCCAUGUUGCUUUGCCCUGGCUUUGAUGAUAUCCCCGACCAGGUGGGUGAAUUCUUCGUGAACCCCAGAAGGUUAGAUCUUCUGCAAUAAAUAUUUUAAUGCUGCCUUUUUAAGAACGAGAAAAGAUCUGCUGCUUGAGAGCUUGAAGAGCUUUUCACCUGCAUUUGAAUUGUCAGAUUUAUGCAGAGAAUGUGCUCCCCCACCCACCACCCCAAUAUGAUUGUAUUUUUCCUGCAUUGCCUUCACAUAUAAUUUUCAAAUUUCUUUCAUAAAUCAGUUAUUGAGGUAUUUUUGUCUUGGCUUAACCCAAUGAUUAUAUUGAUACCACUUCCAGGACUGAGGCGCAGCUCUUAGAGACCGAAUUUCACAUGUUGGCCUUUUUGUGAUGGGCAUAAAGUAAAAUUUCAUUACGUAAGACUUGAGAGCAGAGUUAACAUCACAAUGGAUUCAUGAUAAUUCCACCAUCGUUGGGAAUGUAAUUUGCAGUUGUGCUUGUAAUAUUUAAUAGCGUUGCUGCUUUAAGACAGAGCAUCUCGUGAUCCUUGGCUAUGAACCUACUGAGUCGUGAUCAUUUUCAGUGAGGUGGUAAUUACAAACUGUUUUAAUUACCCUCUGUGAUUGCCUCUCUGGUUCUUUUAGCACCUGGAAAUUUUACUUUCACUUUAAUUCAAUUAAACUGAGCAGCUGUUCAGAGCCAAAAUAGUUUGUCAGGUUUUUACCCCUCACUUUCAAGUGCACAUGCUCCAGGUUCAAAUCCUUGGCUUGGCCCUCAGGUUACAAAAUGACAAGAACCAUGAGCUUGACUGAUAGUUCUUUAUUGCAGUUCCCAAAUUUAUUUGUUCGUGCAGCUAAGAGCCAAAAGAUGAUCUAAAAGACCUCAGGAUAGAUAGGUUGAACUUUUAAGCACAAUGAAGAUAAAUUAAUUGGUUCAAAGUAAAAGCGAGGCCAACUAUUUAAAGGAGGCUUGAAGAGGGAGGAUGAGUGAGUAGAUUUACAAUCUCAGGUCAUUAGGAACAACGGCAUUCACAAGAGCUCUUUUUAUUAAUGAGAAACUGUGAUAACAUGGAAAAUUUAUUUGUAGCCUCCUGAUGAGAUCAGAACCGCUCCUGAAAGUAAAUGUCUUCAUCCUGUGAAUAGGUAUUUAAAGUUUGCAUUAAAGAAAUGUGAAGUAAUGUAACAAUGAAUCUCUAUAUUUAUGGAAAUAUCAGACAAAGGAAGGCAACUCUCAAAGAAAUAUGGUAAGAUUUACUGGAGAUUUCACUGAAUGAUUUUAGGAACUAUAUAUGCACAUCAUCAUGUGCCUGAUCAUGAGUUCAUGACCUAGUGGGUCUAACAAUGGCUUUUUUCAGCCUCAGUUCUUUUUGAACUCUGACUUUACCAACUUCUCAUAAAAUGAAGAAAUGCAAAGGGCAUUAUGUAAAAGGGACAUUGUAAAGUUGUUUUUUAUUUAACUGGCAUUCCAUGAGUGAACUGUACAGAACUGUGCUCUCAGCAGAGAGCUGGCAUAGCGUAGAGAUAUAUCACAAGUGCAGUUUGCAUGCUCUUUUGUUCAUUGCAGCCAACAGAUAGAAAAUAUACAGAGAGUAUCCACAGUUAGUAUAAUUCCAGCAUUACUAUUACAGUAUUGAAUUCACAUACGGGGAAGCAAAAUGGACAUACGGAAUGCUCUUGCAUGAGCUCAUGUAUGUUCUCCUUGGAGAUAUUGAAUAAAGUGGGGUAUUGUAUCAGUGAGGAGUGUGUGUGCGAGAGAGAGUAUUCAGGGAAUGUCACGUCUGUAAGAACUCAUAAUGGCACAGAUAGCUAUUUAAUAUUGAGAAUAUGUCUGAUCUCAGGUAUUUAAAUGUAUGAGUUUUGUUGCCAACUGUACAUAUGUUGUAUUCCUGCAAAAUAUGUGCACCCAUGAGAAAUAUUUGUAUGGAAAGUUUUUUUUAUAUUGUCAUAUAUGAAAAAUAUAUUUUUUCUCAACAGUCUGCUCAAAUGUACAGGUCAUUUUAAUAAAUUUUGCUUCUGACUCAAAAA